ACGACACACACGAUAGUAAAGUUUUCAUUCAUACCAAAAAUGUGUGUGUUUUGGUCUGAUUAAUUUUUAAAUUUAGUUUUUGUUCCGAAUAAAGAAACAAUUUAGUGUAAAAUUGCAACAAAUUGAAUGAGUUUGUGCUUUCCGAAUUAAUACAAAUUGAAGAGAGGCUGAAUUUCGAUUAGUUUCAUUCAAAUAAUUCGAUUAAAUUGUUAUUGUGUGUAUCCCGUCUGUGCCAUCACCAUAAAACGUUACAUAAGUGGAAUUAAAAAAAGAAGGAAAUGUGGACUGAAUCGACUAACUGAAAAUUAUAUUCAAUUGAAGUAAAUUUUUGAUUUUAUUCGCUUGUACAGCUAAAAGAUAAAUUGGAACCAUCGAUGGAAUAUUGGAAUAAAAACACAGCAGCUACAAAAAUUUCACACUUUUAGUAGCAUAAAGUUGAAUUAUUUUCAAUAUAAUUAAGUAUGGCCAACACUGCACACCUUUUCCGUAGACAGAGCUCUAGAGAUCUAGUUCCGUCGUCAUAUCACAAUCAGAGAAGCAUUGAUAAUUUGGAACUGAAGGAACUACGUGGAAGAUUAGUAAGAGCCGAAAAUGGAUCCCGAAUGUCAAUGUAUGGUGCAACAAAUGCAGCAUUCGUCUCCGAUAGUAGUCCACAGAAUAAUCAGAGUUUCGAAGCACCGAAAGCUAAUCCAACGAUACCGGCUGAAGAUAUAGUACAAGAGAAGCCAGAAGAUGAGCGCGAAAAUUGGGACAGUAAGCUGACGUUUCUAUUGGCUACGAUAGGAUAUGCUGUUGGACUUGGCAAUGUAUGGCGUUUUCCUUAUUUGGCCCAAAAAAAUGGCGGUGGAGCGUUUUUGGUGCCAUACUUCCUGAUGUUAUGCAUACAAGGAAUUCCAAUUUUUUUUCUUGAGCUAGCAAUCGGACAACGAUUACGAAAGGGAGCCGUCGGCGUAUGGCAAGAGGUGUCGCCGUAUUUAGGCGGAAUUGGUAUAUCAUCGGCAGUUGUUAGCUAUAUUGUAGCGCUGUACUACAAUACAAUUAUCGCUUGGUGUUUAAUUUACUUGCUACACAGCUUUGAAUCGCCACUACCUUGGGCUGAAUGCCCGAAAAGACUAUACUCAAAUUUUACUUAUGACAUCGAGCCAGAAUGUGUGGCGUCAUCUCCUACGCAAUUUUAUUGGUACCGUUCCACUCUCCAGUCGUCGCCCAGCGUGGAUGUGCCUGAAGCUUUUAAUUAUAAUGUUGCCAUAGCUCUGCUAACAGCCUGGUUUUUGGUUUACAUUUGUAUGGUUCAGGGAAUAACAUCAUCCGGGAAAAUUGUCUACAUAACAGCAAUUUUCCCGUAUGUCGUCCUCAUCAUAUUCUUCUUCAGAGGAAUUACGUUAAAAGGAGCUGCAGAUGGCGUUGCACAUCUGUUCACUCCAAGAUGGUCCGCACUAUUAGAUCCCGUUGUUUGGUUAGAAGCGGGUACCCAGAUUUUCUUUUCCUUGGGUCUGGCAUUCGGUGGCCUGAUCGCGUUCAGUUCAUACAACCCGGCAAAUAAUAAUUGCUAUCGGGACGCUAUAUUAGUGUCAUUGACUAACUGCACAACGUCCAUGUUUGCCGGUGUGGUAGUGUUUUCAGUCAUCGGUUUUAAGGCAACGUCCACCUACGACAAAUGCUUGGAGGAAAGGGCAGCACUGAUCCAUGCGAAUCAGUCGAAUACAAUAUUACCCGUGUGUGAUCUACAGAAGGAACUAGAUAAUAGUGCUUCUGGUACGGGGUUGGCUUUUAUCAUUUUUACGGAAGCUAUAAACCAGUUCCCUGGCGCACAAUUUUGGGCUGUGCUGUUCUUCUUGAUGCUGUUCACUCUCGGUAUCGAUUCACAAUUUGGUACUUUGGAAGGAGUGGCAACGUCAUUGGUCGAUAUGAAAUUGUUUCCAAAUUUAUCAAAGGAGAAAAUUAUUGGCAUUCUAUGCUGCUCUUGUUGCUUAUUAUCCACAUGCUUUGCACACGGUGCCGGGAGCUAUAUUUUCCAAUUGAUGGACAGUUUUGCCGGAAAUUUCCCGCUGCUGAUCAUAGCAUUAUGUGAAUGUAUAGGUAUCAGCUAUGUGUAUGGAAUCAAAAGAUUUGCCGAUGACAUCGAAUUGAUGACUGGUUCCCGUCCAUCGAUGUACUGGAUGCUGUGCUGGAAAUACUUGUCUCCCAUUGCGAUGAUAACGAUUCUAACAGCAUCAUUCAUUGAACUAGCAUCCGAAGGUAGCAGCUAUCCGGCUUGGAAUGCAGCAAAAGGGAUAACUGAGAAAUUAGAGUGGCCGCACUGGUGUAUAGUGAUGGCUAUAUUUCUAAUUCUAGUAUCGGUACUGUGGAUACCAAUUGUAGCAAUUUCACGAUUACUUGGAGUGACUAUCGUUGAGGACACCGAUUCGGCGUGGUUUCCCGAAUCUGAAUUGCGCGAAAUUCAUGGCAUUGUACCGUACGAACCGACUGAAUUGGAAGCGAUGUUAUUCUGCAUUAAACCGGACGGUACGGAGGGUAUGUGUUUUCCGUCAUAUGGGUUAAGAGAACAAGUGUUACAGGAAGAUGAGUGAGCAGCAUACUAGGUAAUGUUAUUAUAACUCUGUACAUAAAUUCAAUUAUUUUACCAUAAUUUUGUUGUGAAUAAACCACGCGGCUCUUAAUUUGUAAGUCAAUAACAAACAACAACAACAAAACCAAAUUUACUGAGGAUGAAAAGAACUGAAAAUGAAUUAUUAUUAGAAAACAAAAAACACAAUAACUUGAUGGCACUUAACAUUAAAUUAAAUAACAUUCAUUCUGCGCAUUCCUUUGAAACACUAAAUAUAAACUUUAGAAAUUGGUAAGAGACGAACCACCGCAUGGUGGAAUAUAAUUUUAAGGCCUACAAAAUAAGCACACGAUAACAAUAAAUAAAAGAAUUCAGACAAGAAAAUUUAACUGACGAUAAAAAAACAAAGGAAAACUAAAAUCGCGACAAUAAGCGCACUUAGCAACACAUAAUAACGACGCUUUGACAAUAUUUUGACAAAAAAAAAGUUUAUAAUUUGCCAAACAAAAGGAAAAAAAAAUUUUGAUUUUUGUUCCGAGUAUUUUGCAUUAUCGCUUUUUAUGUGCCUUUUUAAACAACAUUAUAUACCGAGUCGUUGAACGAAUUACCACUGAAAGUUAUGGACCUAAGACGGUUUUUUAUUUGAUUUUUGAUCGAGGAUUUCAUUCGUUUAAUUUAACAAAUUUUAAUUCUUCCUUCCGAUCGAAUUGAUAACCGUUUAAACAAAAUAAAAAAAUGAAGAAGCCAACUGACACUAAUAGCGGUACUAAUAUAAUGACGAAGCAUAACGGAGGCACCCGGUUAAGACUAUACAAUUGAAGUCGUAAGUCCAAUUUUUUGUCUGUUUUUUAUGACAAUAGUAAUCAAGAUAAAUGAUAUGGAAAGUACAAACCUUCCACUUGUUCCGUAAAAUUUAAAUUAUUUCACUUCGCAUCCUUUAAAUGAGUUCUUUAAUUGGCUUCAUCGUAUUAUGCAACAGUUACCUUUUAGAUACAUUGACAAAGCGAUGAAUUUAUACCAUUUGAACUAUCUAACCAGCGAAACUUAGUUUUCAUUUCUAUCGGACCUGUGAUAGAAUUUUAAAAAGUGUGUCUUGUGCUAAGACUAAUCGCACAUUGGAUCUAUUAACCUUCGAAGUCCUAGUUGGCUGCACCCACUUCUAUCAUUUUCCCCAAUAAAUUGUUUCUGACUCACACGUCAAACGAAACAAUUCCAGAAGUUACAUUCCAAGAAGCUUUCUCAAAAACAGCAUUAUUCUUAUAAAACAUUUUGUUUUGAACUGCUUAUUAUGACCCAAAGUCCGUCCAUAAUUGAAAUGAGCUGGAUGGUUGUGAACAUUGAUUUUUGGGAAAGAAAAGGAUUGAAAACCUUGUAAUUAUAGGAGGUUUUCAUGAAAAUAAUUGAAUGUGCAACCGGUUGACGGUACAUAAAUUGUUCUUAACAAAUAUUCACAUCCGCGUUCAAAUGACGAUCGAUUAUUUUACAGACGCAAAUUUAAUUUAUUAAAGAACAAAAUUGUUAACCUGCACAACAUUUCAUACAAAAAUAGAAAGUUUAUAGAUAAAAAAAGAAAAGUUUGCAAAAUAUUGAUAUUUAAUAUAAUUUCUAAAAUAUUGAGCAUCAGAGUUCGUGUAGUAGUAUUUAAGGCUGUCCGUUGUUACUUAAUUUUAUGUAAGGUUUUUUUUCUGUAAUGUGAAAUCACUAAAUUUUUUGAUAGGAUAAAACAGAUGAUCACAACAUUUUACAUAUUUGUGCUGCUCUGAAAUCAAUAGAAUUUAAUUGUUGUUAUUCCCGAGAACUGGAUACACAGGACAAAUUUUUGUUGAAUUUGAUGAAAUUUCGUGAAUACGAAAAGGUCAGAAGUUCAUUGAGAGCUUGUAAAGCACUAUAUGCUACUAAGGUCUGACAUAAAUCUCAAAAUUCCUACUUUUCUUUCGAACGAUCGAUUCAUGAAAUUUCAAUAAAUUUUUAACAAUGAAGAAAUCGGUUCUGAUGGAAACAGUUCUUUUUUUUCGAAAAUAUCGCUAAAUAUCGCAGGACAGGUAUUCACCAUUCUACUAUUCGCUUACGAUUGUGAGAAAAAUUAUGGCUAUAAAAGCUUAUGUAAAAGCCCAAGAGAGCCCACAAACGAAAUUAACUGUUACCGAUCUAUGUCUGUCAGCAAAACAUAAAAAAAAAAUUACGGCAAAUUAAUGCUAAGUAUUAUACACUAAAUGGAUAAAUUUUUACAAAGAGUAAGUGUAAGAUUUCGUGAAAUUUUCCUCUCAUUUUACAUUAAGAAAAUUUUCUUCGUUUUUCCAAAAACCAAAAAUGAAAUGAGAAUGAAAACAGUGAGAUAAAUUACCGGGGAAGAUGCAGAUCGUCCGCGAUGGAUGAAGUUUGAUAAUAAAAUAUGUACUAAGAUUGCGUGAACACGAAUGACAAUUAAGCUGUGGAAUCAGUCACAUCUUUUGAUCUAAGUAUUUUCAACACAGGCCAAAAAUCUGUGUGCAUAUGAGUCCCUCAUUAGAGUGUGGUUCGGAACUUACACCACGUAAUAACACUAACAUUUACCUGAUACGAAAGACAACUGUGCUACGACUUUUAUUUUUGAACGCUACGAAGGAGCGAAAAUGACCACGACAGAGUAAAGUAAACCAGGCAGGAAAGUCUGUCAUGUAACUGACGAAUGCACAUUAUAAAUAAAAUUUUUAAUGAAAGAUUUGUCAUGCCUGAUAACUAUGUCAAAUUUUCAAAUUUUGUCUUGGAUUUUCAUGAGAAAUUUCAUUCUUCAUGAGACUUUCAUUACAGGCCUAC